AUGCCUGAUACAUGGAGACAAAAUGCCAUGACAGGAGAGGAUUGGUUUUCUGGAUUUAUGAAACGCAAUCCAAAACUUUCAAUCCGCUGCGCUCAAGCAACAAGUCUUUCCAGAGCAACUAGUUUCAACGUUACGAAUGUAAAGCUUCCUUAUGACAACCUAGUUAAUGUUAUGGACAGGUACGAAUUUGAAUCGAAAGAUAUAUAUAAUGUCGACGAGACAGGGGUCACGACGGUCCAAAAACCUGUUAAAGUAGUAGCCGAAAAGGGAACCAAACAGGUAGGCGCACUGACAUCAGGAGAAAGAGGAACGCUGGUAACCGUAGCUUUAGCUGUAAAUGCUAUCAGUAACAGUGUACCCCCCAUUUUCAUAUUCCUACGGUUGAGAUACAAGGAUCACUUCGUCCGUGACGGUUCAGUGUGGUGUAUUGGAGCAGGAAACGCGAGCGGCUGGAUGCAAGAAGAUGAGUUCUUGAUAUACCUCAACCAUUGUCAAAAGCACACCAAUGCUUUAAUUGAAAAUAAAGUAUUGCUUUUACUUGAUAAUCAUCAGUCACACAUAGGUAUAUGA